AGGAGGCAGGAUCUGGCCGAGCAGCCACUAGCACCGGCACCGGCGGCCCGCUUCCCAUCCUCGCCAUCGCCGGCUGGCGCGAGUCCUUGGUGCCCGGCGAGGGGCCUCCUGUCCCGGGCGCGAUGGGCCAGGCCAACUGCUGCUGCGGCUCCAGAGGUGGCACCAGCCUGCGCCCACAGCUGCGCCUGGCCCUGGAGCAGCUGUGGGUGCUGAGCGGCAGGAAGGAGGCGGCGGGGGAGGAAGAAGAGGAGGAGCAGGAAGGCAGCGGCGUGGACAGGAGCUCCCUCGUCUUCGUCUGGCCCAGCGGCUCCUGCAUUGCCACUUUCGGCUCCCGGGCACUGAAGGAGCUGUGGCUGGGCACACUGCUGGGGGCACCCGAAGGAGCCGCGAAAGUGCGGGUGACCCGUCUCCCAUCGCUCCAAGUCCUGGAGAAGGAGCUGAGGCGCCGCCGUGCCGUGAGUGUCUCUCUGGCCUGGGCUCUGUCCCCGAGCGAGCGCUGGUCCUGCAGCUGCCGAGCAGCAGAGGCACGGCUGCUCAGCUCCUCGCCCUCUUUCUCGCUUGGCCAGGGGAGGACAUUCAGCGCCAGGAGCCUGGAGAGGCUGCUGGAGGGCCAGGCCAAGGCCGAUCGCAAGCAAGGGCUCGCGCCGGUCCCGUCCGGCGACGCGGGGGCACGCUGCCGCUCAGCAGGUGCGGUAGCCCGAGGGAGGACGUCGGCGGGAGGAGCAAGGACACCCGCUGGGCAGCGGCCGCUGGAUGUGGUUCUGCGGGGACAGGGAGCCUCUGCUGCUGCUGCUGCUGCUGCUGCUGCCCCGGGGCUUGGCAGGGCGAGGGCUGGGCCGGGCUGUCCCGGUGGCACGCCGGCUCUCGGGAGCCUCCGAGCGAGCCAGAGCCGCGGUUCCGGCCGCUGGCUCCCUGCCCCCCCUGCCGCACCGCUCAGCGCUGCGCUGCAGGGCAGGGCAGGGCAGGGCAGGCUCCGGGAGCGCUGGCCUGGCGGUCUCCAUUGAGGGGCUCGUGCUCUCUU